AGCCGUUUUGGCUGAGGCCUGCUCUGCCGAACCACAGCGGAGACCGUGUGAGCCCCAUCGGCUCGGCCCUACCGCACCAUGGCCCAGCGCGCCUCGCUCGGGGCUGCCGCUGGCCUGGCGGCCGUCGCUUGCCUGAAGCACGGCCAGUCCUUCGUGUCGUCGCAGGGUGCGCCCCGCGCGGCCGUCGAGGAGACGCUGCAGGCUUCCGCUCCGGAGGCCCCCGCCCUCCGCGGCGCCGCGCACGCCCAGCAGUCCAGCCCCUCGGGGGGAGCGGCGGCCCUGGCAGCACCGGCGGCCGCGGCCGCCCUCGCCGCGGCCGUCGGGUCCAAGCGCCGCGGUCGCGCCAGCAAGUUGGCGGCAGGCCAGACCUCGUCGGUUGUUUCGGUCCGCGCGCGCGCCAGCGUGGCCCGCCGCGCCCUGGACCAGUCGAGCCGCUACGCGGACCUCUCGCUGACGGAGGAGGACCUGAUCAAGAACGGCCAGCACGUGCUGGUGGCCUACAUCAUGAAGCCCAAGGCGGGUUACGACUACCUGGCCACGGCGGCGCACUUCGCGGCGGAGUCCUCCACAGGCACGAACGUGAACGUGUGCACCACCGACGACUUCACCAAGACUGUGGACGCACUCGUUUACUACAUUGACCCGGAGAACGAAGAGAUGAAGAUCGCCUACCCGACGGCCUUGUUCGACCGCAACAUCACCGAUGGCCGUGCAAUGAUGUGCUCCGUGCUGACUCUCAGCAUCGGGAACAACCAGGGUAUGGGUGACGUCGACUACGGCAAGAUCUACGAUAUCUACUUCCCGCCGCAGUACCUGCGCCUGUUCGACGGGCCGUCGUGCUGCGUGAUCGACAUGUGGCGCAUUCUGGGCCGCGGCACGGUCGGCGGGCGUGACUUUCAUCAAGAAACGACGAACCGCAAGGGCAACCAGACGUUUUGCCAAAUGAACGAAUGCAUCCCCGAAGUCGUGAAGGCCAUGCGCGCGGCCCAGGAGGAAACGGGCCAGGGCAAGCUGUUCUCCGCCAACAUUACGGCGGACGACCCGAACGAGAUGAUCGCGCGUGCCAAGUACAUCUUGAAUCAGAUGGGCCCGAUGGCGGUGCUGGAAGCUCUCCGGGAGGGCAAUGACCCCGCCGGGGACGUCUGCGUGAUGAGUGCGACCCAGCUCCAGGAGGCGCAGGCCCUAGCCACCCAGCACGAGAUCGCCAAGCCGUUUCUCAUGGUGUGCUCAGACACCCCAGCAGACGAAGCUCCACCCGGCUCCAACGUGUCUUACGUGGAGGCCCUAGUACAAGGUCGACCGACCCUGAAACGAUGCACCACCGUGACCCUUGGCUCGGGAGACGGGGGCAAGUCCGCCCCGCCGCUCCGAGCCGUGGAGGGCGCCGCCGCCCCAGCACAGCAAGAUUCUGUCACCUUGCGCUGCACAGUAAAGCGAGAGUACACCACCCCUGCGGAAUGGACCUCCGCCAGGCAGAACCCUGGGGAGUUCGCUACCCGCGGGAUGCCUCUGGCUAGUGUCGUGGCCGCCGAAGGGUUUGCGGAGAAAGUUGACAGCAAGAGCAGCCGGGUGCUCGAGGCCCAUAUGUACAUCAAGGUACUGCGGGCAGACGCAGAUAAACUCAUCACUACCUUCAGCGGGUCAUCUGGCCGGUUCUACCGCGUCAUCGCCCGCGACAGGGGCAAGACGCCUGACGACUACCCCGUGCGGUGGAUCGCCCGGCACAAGGAUGAGGAGAACGAGCUGUACCACGCGAGAGUCAUGAAGAUUGCGACGGACGAGGCCGAAUCCAAGGGGCUCGUGCUUCGCCCUGGCAGCAACUCUGACCUUGGGGUGCGAGGCCUCCGGCCGACUGAGACCCCACUCAGCACCUGGCGGAUCCAUGGCGUCAACGAGUGGGCCCCAGAAAUGCUGACGGGGUGGCUGACAAACAGCGGAUGGAGACAAGUCGAGAUACGCGACAAGCCCUCGGGACGGUUCGGGUGGCUGGUCCGCGCGGACCCGCACCACAGCAGACCGGGCCACGACACCACUACCAAGGCAGAUGCCUGGAAGAUCACCUUCCCCGGUGACACCGGCAGAGCGGCGGUCAGGGUGGAGCGGUACGUCAUGGCUCCACGGGGCUCGCAGGAGGAGGUGAAGACAGUCAAGACGAGGCGCGCUCGGUGGGCCCGCAGCCAGGGCGCUGACGCCGGCAAGCCCGUGUAUGAGGUCGCAUACGAGCAGGCCUGCCGGGCCCGGGCCGCCGCCAGGGCGGAGGAGGAUGCAGACCUAGAGGGCAUGGAAGCCUCGGAUCGGGCCAAAGCCGCUGAGGAGCGAGCGACACGGCGCAACCAGGAGGACGCUCGGGCAGCGCAGACGCUGACCGAGGAGCGAGACCGCGCUAAAGCAGCGGCCGACGCGAAGGCGGAGGAGGCGAAGGCCAAAGCCGCUACGACCCAGCAGCCGCAGCAACCACCCCAGCAGCAGCAGACAGCAGAGGCUGCCCCGACCUCGGAGGCCCGAGCGGAGGGAGCCUCGAAACCGACAGCACCUGCGCAGCAGCCCACUCGAGCCGCGACUAAGGGCUGGGCCAAAGACGACUUCGAAGAGAUCGAUGCUGGGACGAACGGUGGUGACUGCCAGUACCGGCACACUGCCAUCGCCUACUUCUUGGCCCAUGGUAAAGCCAAGGCGGACUUGGUCAAGCCCGCCAAGGCCGCCAGCCUGGCGAAGACCAUGCGUGCCGAGGUGGUCGUGGAGCUCGAGAACAACAGGGAGUACUACGAGCCCUUCAUCAAGCACAUCCCAGAGCACGUGAGUGACGAGUCCAAGCCUACGACAUGGGAGGAUUACAUACACCUGAUCAAGACCAAGCCUACACGAUGGGGCGAUGCGGCGGUCACCCUCGCUGCUGCCACACACCUGCACAGUCAGAUCUUCAUUUACACUGGGGGACUUCUGGAAGGUGACAAGUGGCGGUGGCUGCAGCGGUGGGAUUGCUGGCCGCGCGAGAGCGCCGGCAAGGCGGUCCGGGGGGCUCUCGACAACCCUCCGCUGCACUUGGGGUUCCGGGGUGGGCACUGCUUCGUGCUUGUUCCCCGUGACCAGAGCUUCAGUACAGACUCCUUCUUUCGCGACCUGCGGCAGCGCCGUGCGGUGGACGUCCAGAGCCACAGGAGCUCCGUCGACUCGGAGGCAGAGGACGAGGACGAGGAGGACGAGGACGAGGCCGUUCCAGAGCAGGCGGCCGAGUUCGAGGGCAUACAUGUCGCCGCGCUGCGUGUCAACGGGGCGCCCCUCAGCCGACUCUCACACGAGGUUCCGAUCGAGGAAACGGUCUGGACCUGCCAGCUGUGCAGGGUCCGACAGCGCGACUGCGGCACCAUCCGCCAGCAGAGGGAACAGCGGAAAGCACAUCGCAGACAAGCACACCCCGCCGUGACGGCGAAACAGUGGACCUCCAUGGAACUGUCGGCCCGGAACUAUGCGCGCCACGCCACGGUGAAGGGCCAGGAGGCGGUCAAGAAGGGCCUCGGCGCCCUGACCGCCGAGGCACGAGAGGCGGCCAGAGCGAAGCGGCGAGCGUCCGGGGACCUGGCAUACUUUGUCAAGGUGCAAGGACACGACCUUGUCCCCAUCCACCUGGAAGGCGGGCACCCAAGCAGGCCCAAGCGCACAAGAUUCGCCACGUGCAAGUUGUGCAACUUGUUAGUCCAUGACAGCAACUUCAGACAGAGCAGCCGGGGCCGCCUUGGGCCCCUCUUCGGGCACCUGCGCCCCUGCCCAGGGCCAGUAUGGAGCACAGAGUGCGCACCCUGGUUGUCACAGACCUUCUUGCGCAUCUGGCACACGCUGACCGAGACCGACAAGCAGGCCUUGCGCGGGACGUGGUCCUCUCAGCCCCCUGCUCGCCUGCAGCAGCUCAGCACAGAGCUCGCCACUCUGGCUGUCGGCACCUUCAAGUACAAGCGGCCCGGGGCACGGUCCCCCUUUGACCUUACGAGAUGCCCAGAAGGGUACAAGGGCGAGACAGAGGUGCUCGACAGGAUGGCGGCCCUGGUCCGGCGGUUCCUGGGCCCUCAGGAGACCAGACUGGAUCAGACUGAGCUGGCCGGCUCCGCAGCCCUGUUUCGCAAGGCGGGCUGGGGCCUCGUUUGGGGCUCCGACGGGCAACCCUGGCAGCUACCCAGCAGAGGGCGACAAGCGGCUAAAUUCGGCGGAUUGGCCCUAGCAACACGCAGCGGCUGGCAUGCCAGGAGACUCGAUAGCCACAGGGACCCUGGUGGCGAAUUCGCCGUCUUCGAAGUGACCAGGCAGAAGGACAGGAUGAUUGUAUACAACAUUCACAGACGCGACGCAGCGACUGACGCUCAAGCAAAGGCCUUUGACGAUGCCCUCGAAACCUCAGUGGCCUCACACCCGCGGUCGAGCAAUCUGCUGCUUGGAGGCGACUGGAACGAGCCGGCGGCGGAGGGCACCAUUGCUGUGCAGGCCGCGUGGCAGGCGCAUGCGGCAGUGCUCCUGGCAGACCCUGGUGGCCCCACCCGGUGGCAGGCCAAGGAGGACAGCGGUGCGAUCGAUUACUUUCUUCUCCGCCUUCAACGAGGCUGGGGAGUCAGCGCAAGAGUCUGCGACGACGUCAUUGCGGACCACAAGAUGGUGGUUGUCUCUUUUCCCUGCCAGCACCUCAAGGCCGACGAGGGCACGCAGCGGUGGCGAAACGCAGGCACCUUCACAGCACCGACAGACGACGCCGACGCCUACAAGCACUGGCAGGAGACCCUCGCGGGCGCCGCCUGGGAGCCUUACGAGCACGCUGCAGACUGCGAUAUAGAUGCCUGGUGGACCUCCUGGAGCGACCGGGCAGAGGACCUCCUUCGCCGGGCCAGCCGCCGGCCAGAGGCGGGCCCCCGCAAGACGGAGCUGAAGCGGGUCCCAAUCCGCCAGGAAGAGAUCCUCGACGGCAUGACCUGCCGGGAGCGAGGUCUGAGGACCUUGGUGGGGCUUGGGCACGCGGUGCUGGCCCUACCGAGCAAGAGAGACGGCCGCGCGGCCCAGCAGCGCCAGCACCUUGCCCAAGAGCUACACGCUGCUGCACAGCACCUGCAGAUACCACACAAGGGCCAGACCCCGAAGGACGUUCUCCGGAGCGCCGAGGAAUGCCUGGAAAAAGAGUUGGCAAAGAACAAGCAGGAGCGUAUCCGGGCCUGGCGACGCAACAUGACCAGCAUGGGGCGCAAGGCUUACGCAUGGAUCAAGGGCGACACGGUCGCUGAUUCCUUCUGCUCAGCCCAGGGCCCCGACGGUACUUGGUAUGACGGCGCGGACGCUUUGGAGAAGGUGGUGGGCUACUGGGACUCCCACUUUGCCGAUAUCCGCAACAGAGGCACAGACGUGGAGGGUUUUUGCACCGACUUCGCAGGAGAAAUUGCUGAGGUCAAAGCACGGAUUCAGCAGAGAUUUGACCGCCUGCCGGCACCUAUCCGGCACCUAGAGAGCAGCUUCUCGGAACCGACCCUGAGGGACUUCCGACGCAGCCUGCACAAGAUGCGGAAAACAGCGGGGGGAGUCGACGGCUGGCGGGCUUCCGAGCUCCUCUACUUGCCCGACGACGCGCUGGAGGAGCUGAGGGACCUCUGCCUGCGCGCGGAACGCCAGGGACGUUGGCCUCGUCCUUUCCAGCUCCUCCGCCAGGUGAUGAUCCCCAAGAGCGACGGCAACAAGCAGUACCACAAGCUCCGCCCGAUCGCCAUUGGGCCCACGGUGACUCGAGCAUGGCUGCGCCUACGCUGUGCACAGAUCGCGGACCACCUGCACGCGGGCUUCGACACCUGCCAGGCGGGCGGGCUCACCGGCAGGCGGCUUGAGACCUUGGUAGACCCCCUCCUUGAGAAGAUCGAGGAGGCAGUUCUGGCGCAGGAGAUAGAGGAAAGCGGCGUCGACGAAGACGAGUUGGACAGGAUCUGGGACGAGCCCGCCUUCCAGGAGCUGUGGCAUGACACGUUUGUGCGCGCCUGGGACUUCGCUUCCGCCUUCGACACGGUCUGCCCGGACCUGGUCUCGGCCCUCUGGCUCGACUGGGGUAUCCCAGACUACAUUGUCCGCAGUGUUCACAGCCUCUGGCGGCGCCAGGAGAGAUGGAUCGAGCUCGGGGGGUGCGUAGCGAAACGCCCAGUCGACGUCAGCGCCUCGAUGCCCCAAGGCUGCGUGUGUGGCAUGCUGGGCAUGGCGUCUGUUCUUGCCCCUGCAGUGUGGCGGCUCCGCAGGACCGUGCCGGCCGCGGUGCUGUCGGUGUACGCAGAUGAUCGCACGGCGGCUGUCCCCUCGAGGCAGCACAUGGACGAGGUGGAGGGCGUCUGGGCGCAGCUGGAGGAGCACACCGCCCUGCGUUCUGCGCCGAGCAAGCAGGCUGAUUUCGCGGUCCACGUGACCCGGCGGAGGCAGAAGAGACGGAAGCUGCAUCGUUGCGAGGGUCUUGGCAACUCCGUGGGUGCAGAGCAGAUCAAGGUCUUGGGCCUGGAACUCAUGCUUGGCAAGGGUGCCGCCCUGACGGAGGCAGAGAGAUCCAAGUUGGCCAUUUGCAAGCGGCGCAUUGGCCGGAUCAGAGCCCUCCCCUCGACGGUGGGGCACAAGAGGGCAGCUGUCGGCGGGUGUGCCCUCGCAUCCCUGUCGUGGGCCGCCGUCCUGAGGUGGCUGCCACGGACAGCCCUGAGCGACCUGGAGGCGGCGAUCCGGCGCAGCCUGCGCCUGGGCAAGGGCACGUCGGCGUCGAGGCAUCUGCUGGACCUCGUCGCGGUGCAGCACGCGGCCAGCCCGCGCUACCUCCUGGCGCGCCGCCUGUGGGCCUUCGCCGCAGGCCGGUGCGCCAGGAGUGGCGCGGCGAAGCUCCAGAGCUUCCUGGAUCUCAGACUGAGAUACGGCUUGGAAUGUGCAGGGGUGACAGGAGCUCUCCUUCACUACAUGCGCCUGCUGGGGUGGACCUUUGGCCCCGGACAGGGAGGCGCGGGCGUUUUCACGUCCAGCGCUGCCGCGAGACGGCUGCAGGUGCCUUUGACGGCGCCGCCGGGGGAGCGAGACCACGCUCUCCGGAUGGCGCUCCGCCAGGAUCUGUGGCAGGCGUAUAAGGAGUCCAACCGCCGUGAUGCUCAUCUGGCCCGAGCCGAACAGGUCCCGUACUGUCAUCGUGCCGGCCUCGUGGUGAUGAAGCUGAUCAGCGGUAAGCGGGCGACAGGAGCCGUGCACUACCUGAGUGUACUGACGGGAGACUACUGGUCCGACAGCCGGCGGGCCGUGGCUCGAGGAGACGACCCAGCAGCCACUCUGUGCACCAGGUGCACCGCUGGCGCAGUAGCCGGAGCCGAGCAUGAUUUCUGGGGCUGUGACCUCUUCCGGCCCUGGCGGAGAGGAGUGCCGGUCCCAGCAUCCGCCUUCACGCGGAGUGACGACGACUGCGGUAGCACCGACUGCUUCAUUGACGUCACGGACGACAGCACUGCAGCAGCAGCACACGACAGAGACGACGACGACGGUAGCACCGACAGCUUCAUAGCCGACACGGACGAUCAGCACCAGCAGGUCGACCACUUUUGUGGUAGAACCUUCGAUGAAGGUUCGAUCUUGGCGCUGAGCUUUGGCAAGAUGGAGGGCGACGCUUCGGACAAGAACAUCGGAUUCAUGCUGCAAGACGACGUCGCCGACGGCCCCUACUACCGGCAGGAGUGGGAGGGCAUGAAGCAGACCACCCCGAUCAUUUCGGGUGGCAUGAACGCUUUGCGGUUGCCUGCGUUCUUCGAGAACUUGGGCCACUCGAGCGUUAUCCUGACGGCCGGCUGUGGGGCUUUCGGGCACAAGGACGGGCCGAAGCAGGGCGCGAUCUCGUGCGCCCAGGGCGAGGAGUCGUGGAAGUUGUGGAAGGCAGGCACCUACGGCGACCUGAGCCUAUCGGUCGGUGUCGUCGAGUACGCGAAGACGCACGAGGAGCUCAAGGGCGUGUUCUUGACGUUCCAGAAGGAUGCGGACCAGAUCUACCCGGGCUGGAAGGAGAAGCUCGGCUACACGGGCGAGUCCUCCGUCCAGGCAGCCAGCUUCAAUUGGCAGAAGAAGGAGAUGAGCUGA